AUAUGAUUCACAAAUUCAUCAAUAUUUUUCUAAAACCCUUUAUUGCUCCCUCUAUCUCUCUGGCUCUACCAACCAUGGAAGCCUUCAGUUUACUCAAAUACUGGCGCACUAGUGGCGGCGGCGGCGCUGCUGGAGCCACCACCACCGCAAACUCCAUCACCACCGCAAAAGCCAUCACUAAAACCACCGUCUCCACCGCCGUGAGCCCUUACUCCUCCGACGGCGAAGACGGUCCCUACUUCGACCUCGAAUUCGCCCUACCUGACCACGAAAGCGACACCGCCGUAUCGCUUGAAAAUGACGUCAAAAUCCUCCAAUCAGAAGACGAAACCGACACCGAAGAAGAAGAGGAAGAAGAAGCGGAGCUCAAAUUUUCUCUCUCUAGCAAUGAGUGUACGGAUCAGAACGCCGCGGCUUCUCCUUCCGACGACCUCUUUUUCAAAGGGGAUAUGGUAGCGAUUGAGCCUUCCAGCAUUCUGCUCAACGCCGCCGGAGAGAACCCUAGGUUUCCCGUGUUUCUGGUCAAAUCCGCUUCCAAAUUCCGCGUGCUCAUGCUCAAGCUGAAGAAAUCGAAAUCCGCCAAUGGCGAGAAUCCCGAAGCGGCUGACGAUUCCGGCGGUGCGAGGAUCGUAGAGAGGGAAAAUCAGGGGAAAUCGAGCGGGAAAUUCUUCGUGAAGCUCAAGCUCGAAGAAGCGCCGCUCGUCAAUUUGUUCACCAGAGACAGCAGCUCCAAGGAGAAACCGCCGAUUCACGAUUCGGAGACGAAUCCGGCUUCGGAUGAGCGGAAAUUGCCCAAGGAAGUCAUGGCUAAGUAUCUGAAAAUGGUGAAACCUUUCUACAUUCGCGUUUCCAAGCGCUACGUGAAGAAGCUGAAACACCCCGGCGGCGGAGGCGCCUCCGCCGUGUCGCCGGAGAGCAAUGUGAAGAAUUCGCAGGGGAAGAAUCUGCAGGCAGGGCUGAAAGUUGUGCGGAAGCACUUGGGGAAAAGCCGAUCUGCCUCCGCAGGUGCGUCGGCGCCGCCUCCCUCCGACCGCCGCGACGACUCGCUGGUGCAGGUGCAGGACGGAAUCCAAGGCGCCAUUUUGCACUGCAAGAAAUCAUUCAAUACCUGUAGAGAGGUUGAUUCAUCUUCAAUAUUAAGCCGUUCAGUUAGUGAUCCAUCUGCAACGUCGUCGUCAACCUCCAGAUCAGAAGCUAAGAAGAAGGGAUUAGAUAAUGUUUAGGAGUGAAAUUAGAUAAAGAAUAAUGAUUGUAAGUAAUGUUUUUAUUUUAUUUUAUGUGUUUUUAUUGAUAAAGAUAUAAACUAGUGUAGGUCAAAGUGCUAGGCCGAAAGAGCAAUGCUCUUUUAUUUUAAUUUGGCUACUUCGAUUUGCGUGCUUCAAAUUGAGGUAUGGCAAAUGAAAUGAUUGAGGCCAUCCACAACGCUGUUCCUAUACCGUUCCUAAACCGUUCCUUAAACUACUA